UCAAGAUGAUCUAGCUAGUAGUUAUACUGAGAUAAUGGUUAAACUUAAUAGGACUAGAAAGCUUAUAGAGUCUACUCAAUUAAAAAUUCAACAGAAAUCGCAAUCAAUCACAGAACUUAACAAUACAAUUAAACGAAUGUAUUAG